ACAGCUGAUUUUAUUGCGCACCGGUAUACGCUUGUUUGGCGGCAUUCGCAAAUUUUCGAUUGCAUUUCACAAUUGUUUAUAAUUUAUAAGCUUAAAAAUGGCUCCAGCGUUUGAAUCACGUACGUUUGUUAAUGGCGGUAUGUUGCGCAAAUUUAAUGGGCAAUAUGUGAGCAUAUUUUUGCGUAUCGAAGAGGAGGCCGGUACGAACCUUAUAGCCAUGUCAACAGACAAUCAGAAAAUACGCGUGAAGCUGCAAGAUUCGACAGGUGGACGCAAAGGUAGCUGGGUAGAGAUCAUUGGCAAACCAGUUGGCAGUGAUGCGAUUGAUGCUAAAGAGGCAAUUUUGUUUGCUGAAGAUGAACCCGGCCUCGAUGUGGACGCCUACAAUAUGAUGGUUGAAUUCCUGAACAAUUGCAAAGAACUGUAUAGAAGUGGUUAAUUUUUUUUUUGUCAAAUGUUAAGUUUAACUUAUAAUACGAUAAUUUAAGAACCGCAAGUACAUUUAAUUAAAAAAUUUAAUAUCCUUUAAUCGAAAAAAAUUAGGCGCAUUAACGGUUUUACAAAGAAUAAAUGAGUAGAGAGUAUACAUCACGCA